AUGGAAGAAACAACUCUCCUCCUUAAUAAACCAACCUCCUCAUCAUCAUCUUCGUUAUUUAAAUACUUUAGAAACUCUAAAGGGCCAUGUAAGGAUUAUGCCUCUAUGAAUGUUGAGAGGGAAUAUUCUCAACAAGAUGAAAUGGUCAUUAAUCAGAUGCUUAAUGCACUGCUCAUUCGAAUUGAAUGUCCAGAGAAUGUAACAACUUCGGAGAGACUCUCUCGUAUUGUCUUUUCAAACACCAAGGAGGGUUCCAACAACGCUCACAAUAAUAGCUGGAUUAUUCAUGCCUAUUUACCAGCUAUUUAUUCAAGAAAUGAUCUAUGCUCAGAUAUUAAAAUUGUGCUGAAGAGAAAGGAGAAGGUGAAAUGUGUUCUGAUGGAUUUGAAACACACCUUAAUGGAUAAUUCUGAUAAUCAACAGGGGUAUAUUUGUUUCAGAACAUCCUAUUUGAACAUGUACAAGACUGGAACUGAUCCAUGUUGGGUCACUGCCACAUGUGGAAAUGUAGCUAGGACAAAGGUUCAGCUUAAUACAUUUGAAAGAUCAAUCCCUUCCUCAAUAAGAUCAUGUCCAUCUUGUUGGGAUGUUUUAUUUGAGAUUUCCCACAUCAUUCAUCAAAAUAUUGAAAAAGAAGACAGAGAGGAACGAUUCGAGUUAGCUAAAUUGUUAAAUUACUGGGCUACCAUAAUUGCUGUGCAAAACAAUGAAAGUAAGAAGAAUAAGAACAACUUUUUCAUGAUGGAUGGUGAAUUCCCAAAGAGUAUUACCAAGUUGGACGAAUUGAGAAAUUCUCCAAUGUUUCUACUAAUGUUCCUCUUGUUUAAUUGUGAAAAUCAUCCAGAAUAUAACAUUGGUCAAUCUGGAAUGGACCGUUCCAGAGAGCUUCAACAAGUUCUUGGUGGUAUUGAUCUCCAACUUCAAGGUCAUGAGGAAAAGCAACCAAGAGCCAAUUCCCUUGUGUCGUUGAUGGAACGAGCUUCACUAUUGCUACGUCUUAAAGAUGUGAUUGAAAAGAAAAGUUUUCUGUCCAGCGAACUAGGAGGCCAAUUUUCACAUCUCCUCUGCCUUGCAAACAGUUCAAAUCAAAAACUGAUUCUGUCCUUGCACUUUAAAUUACAGUAUGAUUUACAUUCUAGUGAUUGUCCCAAUAAGGAAGAUGAUGAACAUCAAUGUGAUUUUGAGUCUUUUUGUGAGGUGGGAGGAGAUACACACAUGAUUUGUGCAUUAACCACUCUUAUACUUGAUGGACCGUUGAAAAAUCAUCCAAUGCAGGACUUUCUAGUGAAGUCAUUAAGGCAAACUCGAGUAGUAUACUUUCUGGAGCAAGAGCUAUAUCAUCAUGAUGAGAUAUUUCCAUGCAAUUCCACACCAUACUCUGUUGCUGUUCACAAUAAGAAACAACUGCUGCUAGCUACUUUUUCGAAAUACAUGAUAGUGUUCGACUUGGAGUCUCAACUGCCCAAGUAUCGACUGAACUUUCCAUUCAUCACAAGGCAGGCAAUAAAAAGCUCCGAUGGAUCUCAAAGCAAUAGGUGGAAUAUUAACACGAGUAGUUGGACCUCCAUGUGUUUGGACGAUGCGGAUAAUUUGAAAAUUAUAACCACAUGUGAAAGUUUGAUAAUUUAUUUUGCACCAGAUUUUAGUAGGAAUCGAGUUGUAUCUAUUGAGACAGACAUAUUUGGAAAAUUUCGACAUUUGAAUUUACAUGGAGAUUGUUCAUAUGGAACAAUCAUGAACGAUACUGGUGAUUUAUUGGUUGUGGAUAAACGAUAUUGCAAUAUUAUUACAUCAACGUACAAUCCAACCUUACAUUCAGAUAGUUCUAGUGGAAUAAUGUAUGAAUAUCAUCUUGACAGUUUUCAUCGGGUGGAGUUUCGUAUGAAACGACAUAUUGUACAUGCACCACUUGAUCCAAAUCUUGUUGAAAUCAUUAAAUCCAAUUUUGGAAUCUUACCACAAUCUAACUCUGCAAGUGAAAUUGCUCAUUCAUCAAUAUCUUUACGAGAAUGGAAUUAUCAACCAGAGAACUAG